GCCCGGUGCCGGUUCCUGUGCCCGUUCCACUUCACGUCCCUGUGUUCCCUCGUAGGCCCGCUGCCCGCGGCGCGUCCCCGGCACGAUGUCUCGAAGAUAUGACUCCAGAACUACCAUAUUUUCUCCUGAAGGUCGCCUGUACCAGGUGGAAUAUGCGAUGGAAGCCAUUGGACAUGCGGGCACUUGCCUGGGAAUUCUGGCAAACGAUGGAGUCCUGCUGGCAGCAGAGAGACGCAACAUCCACAAGCUGCUCGAUGAAGUGUUUUUCUCAGAGAAAAUAUACAAACUUAAUGAGGACAUGGCUUGCAGCGUUGCAGGAAUUACUUCAGAUGCCAAUGUUCUCACCAACGAGCUGCGGCUGAUUGCUCAGAGGUAUUUGUUACAAUAUCAAGAGCCCAUUCCUUGUGAGCAACUAGUAACAGCACUGUGUGAUAUCAAGCAGGCUUACACACAGUUUGGAGGUAACGAACCUUCUUUCCAACAGGAAACGUCCUUUUGUGUGUCAUUGCUCUAUAUUGGCUGGGAUAAGCAUUAUGGAUUUCAGCUGUAUCAAAGUGAUCCUAGUUGGAAAGUUGGAGGCUGGACUACGUGCAUUGGGAAUAACAGUGCCGCAGCUGUGUCAAUGCUAAAGCAGGACUACAAAGAAGGAGAAAUGACCCUAAAGACUGCACUGGCAGUGGCCAUCAAGGUCCUGAACAAAACCAUGGAUGUUAGCAAGCUCUCUGCAGAGAAAGUUGAAAUUGCAACACUGACAAGAGAGAACGGAAAGACAGUGAUAAGGGUUCUGAAGCAAAAGGAGGUGGAACAAUUGAUUAAACAACAUGAGGAGGAGGAAGCGAAAGCUGAACGUGAAAAGAAGGAAAAGGAACAAAAAGAGAAGGAUAAUAGAGUAUGAAAUCAAGUGUUCUCUAGAUAUAAAGGACCUGCUUCAGUAAAAGAUAAGCUGGAUUUCUUGUCUGGUAGAAUGCCUACAACUACGCCAUGGAGGACCAGGAAUUACUUUUGAUGAACCAGGUCCUUAAUCAUCAUUUAGAUAAUUAGUUUACUGCUCCUUACAUUGACCAAUAAUUGCUUUAAUUCUUGAACACACUAUUUCUUUCAUCUUCUAUUUUUAUUAUGGAUAAAAUUUAAGAAGAAUAGC